AUUAAGAUCAAUCUGGUUAGAAACAACAAUAGAAGGUCAUGUUUCGUCGAAAUAUAUGAAAAAGGCUAAAGAUUUAAAUUCUAUGAUUUAGAUAAUUCAGACUUAGGGUUCACCCAUCAAGGGGUCGGAUAUAGUUUUUUACUAACGGUAUAUGCUACCCUAGAUUUAACCUUUAUACGAUAGGUACCCAUGGUAUAUCCACAUCCAAACUCCUAAUAUUCACUACCAACACUAAUAUAUUGAAGCGAACUAGGUCGUGGCUGAGCGGUCGUACUGCUGGUUUUCAGCCUGGAGCCCCAAGUUCGUAUCUCAGGGACGAGGCUCAUUUUCCCAUCCCCCCACUCCACUAGUAGCACCUUGUAACAGUUCUUUGUCAAAAAGAAGGAAAAAAAACUAAUAUAUUGAACAUGCUCCAUUAAAAUUUUCCUACUUUUCGACAUUUUUAAUAAUGACAUUUUGUAUUCGUAGAGUAUACCACACUACGACAUUUUUUGUAAUAAUUCUUUGUACUUCACUUGGGGUAUGGUAUACUCAUUCUGAUUGUUAGUCAGUUCAUGUCUGCUCCCCGUACAGCUCAUAUGGAUGAUGUGCACCGGAUCUUACGUUACUUACAGGGAACCCGGAGUGUUGGUUUGUUUCUUCCUUCUACUAGUUCAUUUGUGCUGCAGGCUUUUUCAGAUUCUUAUUAUGCAGGCUGCAUUGACACCUGUAGUUCUACUAGUGGAUGGUGUGUCCGACUAGGUGACUCUUUUAUCUCUUGGCGGUGUAAGAAACAGGAUCGGGUUUCAAAAUCAUCCACAGAGGCUGAGUAUAGAGCUAUGUCAGAGGUUACUUCUGAGUUGGAGUGGCUCCGCUGGUUGCUUGGUGAUCUUGGCAGUAGCGGACCCAGAAAUUUCAACAAAGGUAUUCAACAAAAAUAAUUAAUUAAUUUUUAAUUCAAAAUUUUCAAAUCAUAAAAUACAUCGAUUUUUGUUUUUUGUGCAACCAACCACGAUGUGUUUUAAUAUUUUGAAAGUUUUCUAUUAUACAUUCAUCACAUAUAUUGCUACUCACACCUUUUUUAAUGAACGUAACCAGACAAAACUGAUCUCAUCCAAUUUCGAAGAUCAUUCUUGAUAAAUUUCAUUACCAAAAAGGCCCUCUCCAUACUUGUAGGUUCAAGAAGUAAAGUUAACACUAACUUCACAAGUAUGUAUACUACAAGAUUAGUCAUUAAUCUUUCUUGUCUCAACCUUUUGCCUAGCUAGCUCAUCAGUGGGUCACAGUCGGUUGGGCGAGAGUAAAAGGGUAGCAAGGAAGCCGGAAGUAAGGAUUGCACACUAGAAUUGAGAUGUUUGUUCUCACAAUAAAAUAAAUUGUUAUUGGAUACUUUAUGAGUAAGGCGAUUUCCGAGAAGAAAUAAAUAAUUAAUACUUAUGAGUAAGACGAUGAGGCGGAAAGGUUUAAUUCUGAGAAGAAGAAUUAAUUAAUACUUAAGAGAUAAGGCAUUUUAGUGUGUUUUAUAGUAUUGGUGCUAUAAAACAUUUACAGCCAUUAGAUCAUGUCCAAAACAUAUCAGCCAUUAGAUCUUAUUUAGAUUAUUAAUAUAUUGUUUUAUUUGUUUAUGGUCAACCGGUACAACCGGUUGUACAUGGAAAAAAGUUCGAAACCUAUCUCUUAUCCUUCUCCUCUCCGAGCAGAUCUGAGACCCUCUUCUCACCGCCGACAUCCAUUCUUGCUGUCACCGGAAAUGCAGUUACCGACUCCAACUCCAGAGGCAGCGAAUCUCUUCCUUUGAUCUCGCAUCGUCUCUCUACUCUUUGACCAUCCUGUACAAAAAAUCGGAGCAUUUUUUUUAUUAUGAUCGGAGCCCCCUGCCUACGGCGACGAGGUUCUUACCUCGAGCAGCUACUCCCGUCCUAGCCCCGAUUUGGUCCCGCUUACGGAUUUCAGGCCGGCGGGGGCAUGCCUGCCGGUGAUUCUGAGUACGGAUCCAGAUAUGGUGGGAGGACUGAGAUCGGUGGCGGAGGCGGAUAUGGCAGGAGGAUUGAGAUCGAGUACGGAUUUGGCAGCGAUGGCGGCGGGAGGAAUCUUUUUUUUGGGCUCAUCGUGGAAGUUUAUUUUGGGGCUUGAUUUUUUUUUAUGGCUUCCAAUCCUCCAUUCCAAGUGAUGGAGGAUCAAACCGACGAGGAUUUCUUCGACAAAUUAGUCGACGAUGAUUUCGAGCCUAACAGCUCCGAUGCCGCCCAGGUGAGCAAAUUUUCUGAGGGGAGUGAUUCCGAUGAGGCCAAGGCGUUUGCUAAUCUGAGCAUUGAGGACGUCAACGGUGGCGGCGAGGACGGUGGAGUUGUGGAGGAGGAGGGCAUUACUGCUGAUAAAAUUUCAUCUCAACUUUCACCAUGGGCAUCUGCUCUGUUUGAGUUUUUGCCAAUAUUUAUCAAGAAGCAGCUGCUUCUUCACCCUGAAUCUGAUGACUCUGCUCAGCUGUCCCAGAUUGAGACAGAGAAACUCUUAGCACAUCUUGUGGAGGUAGAAAUGAACAAGCGCCAGAAAGAAGGCACAUACAAGGGGAAGAAAUUCAAUGCCAUCUGCCACUUUUUUGGUUAUCAGGCUCGUGGAUCUUUACCAUCGAAGUUUGACUGUGACUAUGCCUAUGUUCUUGGCCAUAUCUGCUACCAUAUUCUUGCUGCUGGUCUAAAUGGUUACAUGGCAACUGUUACUAACCUUAAGAACCCUGUGAAUAAAUGGCGUUGUGCUGCUGCCCCAAUCACAGCAAUGUUGACAGUGAAUCAAUGGGCUCAAAGUCCCGGUGCACCUUCAAUUGGAAAACCUGCUAUUCAUCCAGCUACUGUUGACUUGAAUGGCAAGGCAUAUGGGUUGUUGAGACAAAAUGCAGUGAGAUUUUUGCUGGAUGAUCUGUACAGAAACCCUGGACCGCUACAGUUUGACGGUCCAGGGGCAGAUGCCAAAGCUGUGACUCUGUGCGUGGAAGACCAAGAUUACAUGGGCAGAAUCAAGGCACUGCAGGAAUACUUGGACAAGGUUCGUACCAUAGUGAAGCCAGGUUGUUCGCCUGAAGUUCUGAAGGCUGCUUUGAGUGUAAUGGCUUCAGUGACAAAGGUUCUUACCACCAUGUCAUCAACUCCAUCUAAUGGCCUCAUCACGCUGUAGAGAGACUGUCCUUCCUUGCGGUUCUGUUAUGUAGUUCUCUUUUUCUGCAUUUGGGAUUGGAGUUUUGGAAUUGACUGAUUGGAUGAACACACUUUUUUUUUUGUCUUUUCGUUUUUGAGAGAUACAGAAACUUGUUUUUAAUGUAUUUAGAUGAUGCUAAUGAUGGAUGAUAAAUGCAGCAGCUCCAGUCGAGAUGAGUAGCGUUUUAAUUCGAUGUCCUGCCUUUGUGGGUCUAAAAGGAAAUGAAGCUCUUGUUAUAGUUGUUUAUCUUAGCAUUCAGAUUCUGCAUACUUGAAAUGGUGAUUAGGGUGAGUGUCUAGAAGGCAAAAUAGAGAUGAUAGACGUAUUAAUAAUUUAAUUGGGACAAUGCUUGUAUUAUAUACUUCACUAAUGUAUGAAUUUAUAAAGGUAUAUAUAUAUAUAUAUAUAUAUAUAUAUAUGGCGAGUUCUAUGGUACCCUGGAUAAAAUUCGGGGUACCGCAUACCUUGAGUAUGAAAACACUAUCUAGACCUUGAAUUGACCGAUAUUUCGGACAUGAUACUAUACUCUAACCCUUAAAGAUCAAAAUCUAGGUCUUAAUUCUCCCAAUCUUAUACUCCAAGAUCAAUUUAAUUAGAAAUAACAAUCGACGGUUAUGAUUCGUCCACAUAUAGGCACAAAAAGGAAUGCACCAUCUUAGGGUUUAUAGAUUAUGAUUUAGAUAAUUAGGACCUAGGGUUCACUCAUUAAGGAUUAGGGUAUAGUAUCAUACCCAAAAAUCCUGCUAAUUCGAGGUCUAGAUAGCGUUUCCAUAUUCAAGGUAUGCGGUACCCCGGAUUUCACCCGGGGUACCAUAGAAGCCACCAUAUAUAUAUAUAUAUACUCUACACAUAACACAUACAACAGAAUAAUGAUUGAAGAAUUGAAGUAAUGGAAGUCUAAUAUGUAUUAGGGUGGCUAUUUGGACCGGGACCGGAUUAAAAAUCGGAAACCGGACCGUAUAACCCGGACCGAGAUCAGACCGGGACCGGAUAGUAAACAAUCCAAUCUAAUCUUUGGGCUUAGAUUUGAGGUAAAAAACCGGAUAAAGACCGGAUAAGAGAGCUCAACACCCAAAACUUAAGGGUAAUUUGCAUAAACGGUCACAAACCAUUGCACUUAGUACAAAACUUAACCAACUCCUCACCCUUUAAGGCCUUAGGCCACUCAAAUCCCACAAUCUCAAUGUAAAAUCAAUACUGAAUUGAGACCGGACCGGAUCAAGACCGGACUGUAUCCAAUCCAAUCUUCGGUCCUUAUAUUUUCAAAAAGACCGGACUGGACCGGAUCAAUUUGGGCCAAUUUAACCGGACCGAACCGUAUAGCCACCCCUAAUAUGUAUCUAUCCCCUCAUCUUGCUUUCGUUUUUCUCUGGUUUCUUCCUCUGGUCCUACUCAGUGAAGGGGAUGGCGUAAAAAAUAUAUGGUAUGAUACGGUAUAAUAUUGUUUUUUUUUUUGCUACAUUACUAUUAUCAUCAUCGUCGUUGUCAUCGCGAUCAAGAAGAGCUGACUAGCCACAUGAAGCAGGUGGACCAAAGAGUGAGGGAGACAGAAGCCAAGGCAUAAGUCCAGAGCAUGAUGACAGAACACUCCGACUCCCCUUCUCCAAACAACUGGGUGAUGAUGCCGAUGUUCAUAGCAGACACUCAAACGUUCCCACAGCUCAUUCAGGUAAAAUAACGGUUGUGGAAUUAAGAUGUACCUACACUUUCUAGAGUUGUACCUUUACACUAAACUUAAAGUUGUACC